UCUAAUUGGCGAGUUGGCCUUUUGUCGACGGUGCCGCUUUCAAGUUUACCACGUGAGUAUCUCUUGAGUACGUUUCGCGAAACGAAAAGCGUUAAAACGAUGUUGGCAUCAGAAUUGGAAGAAUUUCACAAACGGGCUGAUGCAGCGGAGGAAGGAAUCCGUGAAAUAAAGCGUGAAAUUGCAUUGUUGUACCAUACCCAAUAUGUUUGCACUAAAUGUUUGCUGAUAAAAGAAAAAGAAAAGACGAUUGAAAAACUGCAACAAGAGAAUAUCAAGCUGAAACACAGACUAGAGAUACUCAAAAGGACUAUAGAAACACUAAAAGACAAAUCGUCUACAAUGCCUAACAUAUCUGAAAGCAACGAUGUGAUCAGUAUAAAUAACACUCUUUGCAAAAUCUUUCAAAAGGCUAUUAAUGAAGCUUAUCCAAACGUAUCAAAUCCACCAGUGAUAGUAACUACUAGUAAUAAUCCCAAGUUUGGGGAUUAUCAAUGUAACAGUGCUAUGCCUUUAGCGCGACAAUUGAGUUCUGGAGGCACUAAGAAAAACCCACGUGAUGUUGCUAACGAUAUUAUGUCAAAGUUAGAAAAAUCUGUUCUUAUUGAUAAAUAUGAAAUAGCUGGCGCAGGAUUUAUAAAUAUAUACUUAAAACGUGAUUUUGGACAAUCUACUUUGAGCAGUUGGCUGAAGAUGAACAAAGUUCCUCCGCCAUAUGUUAAGAAAAAGAAAGUGAUUGUGGAUUUUUCGAGUCCCAAUGUUGCUAAGGAAAUGCAUGUAGGACAUUUAAGAUCGACUAUAAUUGGAGAGAGUAUUUCUAGGCUUUUAGAAUAUUUAGAGCACGAUGUGUUAAGACUCAAUCAUGUAGGUGAUUGGGGCACACAGUUUGGUAUGUUAAUAGCACAUCUUCAAGACAAAUUUCCUAACUAUUCAACGAUUACUCCUCCAAUCCAAGAUCUUCAGGCCUUCUACAAAGAAUCUAAGACUAGAUUUGAUUCAGACGAAGAAUUUAAAAAACGUGCAUACCAAUGUGUUGUUAAAUUGCAAGCUUUUGAACCUGAUAUAACAAAAGCCUGGAAAAUGAUUUGUGAUGUAUCUAGAAAGGAAUUUGAGAAAGUAUAUACUCGACUAGACAUUAAAUUGAUAGAAAGGGGCGAAUCGUUCUAUCAAAAGCGUAUGGAAUCAAUAGUUAAAGAACUGGAAUCAAAGAAUUUGUUAGAAGAAGAUAAUGGGCGGAAGGUGAUGUGGGGAGAGAAACAUGGUAAUGGAAUACCUUUAACUAUUAUAAAAUCAGAUGGUGGUUUUACUUAUGACACAUCAGACAUGGCUGCUAUUAAGCAACGUGUCGAGGAAGAAAAAGCAGAGUGGGUGAUAUAUGUCACCGAUGCUGGUCAAUCUCUGCAUUUUCAAAUGUUAAUAAGUUGCGCUAAAAGAGCAGAUAUUCUAAAAGACUUCCACAGGAUAGAUCAUGUCGGCUUCGGUGUUGUGUUGGGCGAAGAUAAGAAGAAAUUUAAAACCAGGUCCGGUGAUACUGUAAAGCUUACCGAGCUACUAGAUGAAGGCUUGAAAAGGGCACUGCAGAAAUUGAAAGAGAAAGAACGUGACAAAGUGUUAUCUGAAGAAGAGUUGAAGACGGCCCAAGAAUCCGUGGCAUAUGGCUGCAUAAAAUAUGCCGAUUUGUUGCACAAUAGAAAUCACGAAUAUGUAUUUUCCUUCGACAAGAUGUUGGAAGACAAAGGCAACACAGCUGUCUACUUACUGUAUGCUCUAACUCGAAUUCGUUCUAUUGCUAGAACAGCGAAUAUUACGCAAGAGGAAUUGCGGGAACGUGUUCACGAUAUUCCGAUAUCAUUAGAGCACGAAAAAGAAUGGAAGUUGGCCAAAGUACUAUUAAAGUUCCCCGAUGUGAUUCUGAGUAUUAGUCAAGAUUUGUUUUUGCAUCCAUUGUGUGAAUUUUGUUAUGAAAUUUCGUGCGCUUUUAUGGAAUUUUAUGACAAAUGCUAUUGUGUGGAAAAGGAUCAAGCUGGUGUGAUUGUGAAAAUACAUAUGGGUCGUAUUUUGCUCACGGAAGUUACUGCAAUCGUUUUGGAAAAAUGCUUUGCUUUAUUAGGCUUAAAACCUGUUCAACGAAUGUAAAAGAAUAAAGAUCAUAUAUGUAUAUACAUAUAUGUGCACAUAUUUAUUCCAUAA